GGUCAAAUCCGCUAGCUUGAGUGUCCGUCAGCUCUCCGGGCCAAAGAUGUCUCACUGGUCCCCGCAGGGUUUAGACACCAACAACCGCAGGAGGAGGCCGCUUGAACAAACUCAGGAUCCUCCAGGAGAGCGACAUGACGACCAGGCGGAGGACGAGGAUGGACACGUCCAUGAGUACAACACAGCAGAGUCCACACACCAGCCCGGCGUGUGCCGCGCCCUCUACACCGCAAAAUGUAUGUCUGCACGUACCUGUCCAAGCCACCACGCUCAUGACGACAGCUGGGAGGAGAUCCAAAGCAUAAGAACCAUCAGAGCGGAGAACGAAGUGGAAGCCAACAAGCUGGUCAACAACUACAGGUUUGGCUUUAGAAAAUGGAAGAGCCACGUGACGGAGCGUCCUUUUAAAGACCGGUCAGAGGUCGUGAAGGAGCUUUACUCGGAGCUAAACGUGGUCAAGCCUCUCACUGGUCCAGGUGAUCUCAUCACUUGUGGAAAUGUAGUGUAUGUUGUUCUUUUUGGUUGGUGGGUGUCCCUGGCGUACCUCCUGGUGGGCAUACUCAUGUUCCUCACCGUCAUCGGUGCACCCUAUGGAAAGCUGUGCUGGAAGUUGUCCUGCUACUUUCUUUGGCCGUUUGGCAAGCUGGUUCACGAGAUGGGAAAUGCGUUCCGGAGAUGUUGUGAGCAAAUGCCUGACUGCGAGUGCACCGGGGAGUGGGUGGAGGACAACUCACCGGUUCUGCUGCCUUCACCGGCGGAGAGUCCGGUUCCGGAGGCCUCGGAGCAACCAGCGCACUCAUACUAUUGGUGCCGGUUCUCCACGUACGUGUGGCUGCUGCUGGGAUACCCUCCUCUGGUGGUCAUCCAUUCGCUGGUCUGCCUCUUCUCCUGGGUUCUGGUCUUCACCAUCCCUGUAGCCAAGAUGAACGCACGCACUCUGGGCAUCAUCCUGCUCUUGCCUCCUGAGGAAGUGUCUGUGUGCGCCAGCUCACAGCGGAAGCAUCAAGGCUACAAGGGCAGGACACUGCUGUGCUGUUACCAUGCAGCAAACUGGUACUACUACAAGUAUACUGUGGAUGGCAUCAAUGUAUUUGCUGUCAAUCUCCUCCCUCUUGUGAUAUUCGCCCUGAUAAUCGGCUACAUUGACAGGGAAAACCGGUACGCCAGCUCCCAGGUCAAGUUCGCCGUAGCGCUCGGUUCCAUCAUACCGCUGUCGUAUUACAUCGGCAUGGGCAUCGCCAGCAUCUCGGCCCAGAGUAACUUUGCCGUGGGCGCGGUCGUCAACGCCUCGUUUGGCUCCAUCACCGAGCUGACCUUUUACAUCACGGCUCUCGUCAGGGGUCACCGCAAAGCCAACCCGUGCCUGCAGGAGGUGGUGAAGGCGGCGCUGACCGGCACCUUGCUCGGGUGCAUCCUCUUCAUCCCGGGCAUCUGCAUGAUCAUCGGAGGACUGAGGCAUCGAGAGCAGAGGUUUAACAGUCGCUGCACAGGCGUGAGCUCCGCCCUGCUCUUCAUCUCUGUAGGAGGCGUCUUCGCCCCCACGCUGUUCUCCAAGGCGUACGGCAACCUGGUAUGUGAGGCGUGCACGUCCGGGAGCAACAGCAGCGGCCCGCUGGUUUGCCACAACUGUCACUACGAUGUGAGCAAUGGCACGCUGUUCCACAACCAUGUGGAGCCUCUGAUCUACUCCGUGUCUGUCCUCCUGCCUGUGGCCUACAUCAUCGGCCUCAUCUUCACCUUGAAGACACACUCACACAUUUAUGACAUCCAUGUUGGACCGGGACAAGGGAGCGGCCAUGCCGGCGCGGUGGUCCACUGGUCCCGCUGGAGGUCCCUGCUCAUCCUCAUCAUGGCCACCGCGCUCACCUCCGCCUGCACAGACCUGGCCACCGAACACAUCCAGCCCAUUCUCAACCAGCCCAACGUCUCCCAGUAUUUCAUCGGGGUCACGCUCCUCGCCAUGGUCCCUGAGAUCCCUGAGAUUGUCAACGGCAUACAGUUUGCACUUCAUAACAACAUCAGCCUCAGCUUGGAGGUGGGGAGUUGCAUCGCCGUGCAGGUCUGCAUGCUCCAGAUUCCCAUCCUGGUCUUGUUUAAUACCUUCUAUGAUGUGGGCUUUGUGCUCCUGUUCUCUGACCUCCACCUCUGGACCAGUAUCUUCAGCGUGAUCCUGGUCAACUACAUCUUCAUGGAUGGCAAGUCAGACUAUUUUCAAGGUACAGCUCUGGUGAUCGUCUAUCUCAUCCUAUUGGCUCUCUACUACUUUGCUCCAUCUCCAGCAGGCUGCUGACUGGGGGACUUUUAAAGCAACAGUACGUAGUAACGGGGCCUUCCUUACAUUAGGGGAGGGGGGGUUAGCGGCAUAUUCUCAAAGGCCAUAGUGACACUCCAGAUCCCCUUCUUUUAUGGUGGACCAGCCAGGACACCACUUACGUCGUGUUUACACUAGCGCACUUUUCCGAUGUGUGUCAGUGUUCAAAGAUCGCCACACCAAAAUGAUGAGCCAAUUUAAACCUUUUUUUUUUGGACUGUUUUGCACAUUUUAAUAGUGUGGCUUUAAAGUAUAUUUCACUCACGCGAGCCAAAGUUGCACAACUACUAAAGCAAACAAGCUAUUUGAGUUUCAGCAUAUUUAUUUUUUUAGCACUCCACAUUUUUACACCUGAUUCUGGUAGGACUUUUAAUGUUCCUAUGGAAAUUGUGACUUUAAGGCGCUUCCAGAUGGUUAGUAAUACCGUCUAAUUUUGUAAUUAGUGAAAAAUCUUAAUUUAUUAAUGCAUUUUAGGCAACAGGAAGUCAGGUGCAUGCGCACUAGCGGUGUUUGGCUUGAUAAUCAUGGUGGAUUAACUACACGGACUUUGCUCGGGAGAUUUCCCCUCGGAGUAAACGGAGCCAAGGGCUUGGUUUAACGUCAUUUUCCCUCGCUUCCCGACGUGCAUUUAAAAGCGCACUGCUGUGUUUGGAUGGAGACAGGUGUGGACAAUAUUGGAGACACUUGUCCUCACACUAAAAGUAUACGGCGAAGGAGAAAACUAUUUGAUGUGUCAUGAACGUUGUCACAACUUGCUUAUAAAGUCUUUACUUUGUUGA